AUAUGGUGGCAGGUAAGCGAAGCUUAGCACGUGGCACACGGUGCACGGUCGUACGUUGGUCGUGCGUUCGAGCUUGGAGCUAAAUACCGGGCUAAAACCGCGUGGAGUGACCACCUGAACCCACACAGGGGCCGGUAGAGCGGGCCUGCGUAGUCAUGGAGCCGGCGGCGGCGACUGCUGCUGCGGCUGCGGAUCCCCUGCAGGGUCUCGACUCCGUGGCGGAGCUGUUCCAGCUUCUGCAGCAGUGGGAGUCCGAGAACGGAUCCGGAGCCGAUCCGAUUCCGCUGCUUACCAAGAUGGCCGAGCUCUUGGAAAAGGAGACCGAGGCCUACCUCAAGAUGGACCCCGACCCCUUUGACGACCGGCACCCCGGUCGAGCCCAUCCGGACUGCACGCUGGGACAUCUGCUCAAAACCCUCUUCAAGAACGACGACUUUAUGAACAAGCUGGUCAACAACUACAUCUUGAAUCGGGAAGGAGGAGCCUUGAGUACGGCGGCGUGCCGUCUCCUCCUGGACAUCCUGCCUGGGCUGGAGACGUCCGUGGUCUUCCAGGACACGGAGGGGCUGGUGCAGCGGCUGUACCAGUGGGCGGAGUCUGAGACCACGCCCCCCCUGCUCCAGUCCUACGCGACCGGCCUGCUGGCCUCGGCCAUGGAGGUGCAAGACACGGCGGCCAACUUCCGGGAGGCCAACGCCCGGCUGGUGCCCGCCAUGCUGCGCAGGCUCUGGCAGCUCGCGCAGGUGACGCCAGAGGAGGUGGUGUGCCGAACACCGGAGCGGCCUUUCUCACACCUGAACGGCGAGGGCGGUCGGGGGGCGGCCCACCACGGAUCGGACAAGCGGGCGGCAGACUGUGUGCCCUCCACGCCACGCAAGAGCCCCUCCGGUCCGCCGCUGAACGAGUGCUCCAACAGCAGCUGGGCUGAGCUGGAGCCCCUCAUGAUCGGCUCCCACCAGGUGUACCCAUUGACGGCGGGGAUGCAGCAGCGCCUAAUCCUGCAGUACCUGACGCCCCUUGGGGAGUACCAGGAGCUGCUCGGGGCAGUGCUGGAGGCACGCACUCUGCACCUGCUGCUGCACUAUGCCAACCUGAAGGAGAACAAGGAUGUGCGGCUGGCCUUCGAGGCACUCAAGUACCUGGCGGCACUCCUGUGCCACAAGAAGUUUGCCCUGGAGUUUAUAGCGGUGGGAGGCCUCCAGCGCCUGCUGGAAGUCCAUCGGCCAUCCGUCGCGGCCACUGGCGUCUCCAUCUGUCUCUACUACCUGGCGUACAGCGAGGACGCCAUGGAGAGGGUGUGCAUGCUACCGCAGUCCGUCCUGGCAGACCUCGUACAGUAUGCGCUGUGGCUAAUGGAGCGUUCGCACGACUCGAGCCGCUGCCACGCCACCAUGUUCUUCGGGCUGGCCUUCCCGUUCCGGUCCCUGCUGGAGCUGUUCGACGCCCAGGACGGCCUGCGCAAGCUGCUCAACGUCAUGAGCACCCUGGACGUCUUCGUGCGCACCAACAACGCCGAGGGGAGCUCGCCCUCCGACGACCAGGUGUUUGCGAGCCGCCAAACAGCGCGGCACGUCUGCGUGGCCCUCAAGCGCUACUACGAGGCGCACCUGGCGCUCAAGGCAGACUCGCUCCGCCGUUCCCACGCCCGCAAUUCUGCCAACGCUGCUUCCAAUGCCAUCACCUCCGCCGGCUCCCCGCCGCCGCCCCUGCAUUCGGCGCUGCCCUCUGGUGCCGGCGCGCCGCCAUCGUCGUCCAGCCAGCACCGAUGUCGCGCGGCGCGCUUCACCGCGGAGGCCGUGGCCGAGAACGUCUCUACGCUGCUGGAGCUGCUGCCGGCGCGUGCCCGCUGGUCGCCGGCGGAGGAGCUGGUGCGGCUGGGCGGGGUGUCGCUGCUCCUGCAGACGGUGGCAAUGGCGUACGACUGGAACCACUCGAACAAGGCAGACACGGUGCGGUCGGCACUGGACGUGCUGGCGGUGUGCUCGGUGGCGCCCAGGGCUCAGCUGGCGCUGUGCCAGGCAGUGGCGCUGUCGACGGGCCAGGUGCGCUCAGCUGCGGGCAUGAGCGUCAUCCUGGCCGCAGCGGACGGGGAGAUCAUAGCUGACCCCGACGUGCAGCGCUCGGCGCUCAACGUCGUCAUCAACUGCGUCUGUGGUCCCAUGUCGCGGCUCGGCGGCAGCGUGGGUCGAGUGGUAUCCGGUAGUGUGAAGAAGCGUUCGGCCAUCAAGAGCGGCGAAGAUCUCCUCAGCAAGAUGUUCAACUGUGUCCGCGCCAACAAUGGCAUCAUGGUGCUGCUGAACCUGCUGACUGUGAAGAGUCCCAUCACGGAUGCGGACUCGAUGAGAGCUCUUGCCUGCAAGGCUCUUUGUGGGCUGGCGCGGUGCAGUACGGUGAAGCAGAUCAUCAGCAAGCUGCCGCUGUUCACAGGCGGUCAGCUGCAGGUGCUGAUGCGCGAGCCCGUGCUGCAAGACAAGUGGCAGGAGCACGCCAAGUUCUGUCGCUACUGCAUGGAGCUGCUGGAGAGGGUCACGGGGUCCCCCGUCAACCCGGGCAUGGACUCGUCCUUGGCCAAGAUCAACAAGUCGGAGGUGGUCGCCCAGACGAAAAUCAGCUACAGGGAGAAGGACCUGCUUCAUCUCAUCUACCAACAUUUGCUGAACAAAGGGUUGACGGAUGCGGCGGCCACCCUGCAGAAGGAGGCGGGACUCCCGUCCCGCGUUCCCUGCGGCACCUCCGCCCAGCCGCAGUGGUCCUCGCCCACGUCGUGCACGCCCCGCACCGUCCGUCCCUUGCGUUCAGGGUCUCUGGGCGCCGCAUCGCUGGGGUCCCCCGUCCUGGGGGCGGACAAGGGUGCAGGCAUGCAGGCGAGCACGCUUCACAGGAAUGGUCCCGUGAUCCCCAGCGCCCCCAAGGGGGACACGAGCAUAGUGUCUCGGCAACUCCCAAUGGCGCUCCCAGGCACGCCAACGUCAGGUGGACUGGCUUCGACGCUCGCCGUGGCCAAUGGGGGCGUGGCCGCGGCGGCUUCGCCGGGUGCGUUGCAGAAGCGCGGGGCAAGCUGCUACCAGCCGUCGCCCGUGCUGAAGCGGCUGGCGGCGGGGGCCCUGUCGACGGCCCAGGCCCAGCCCACCCACGCGCCCCACUCCCUCUCGCUGGAUACCAUCGUCAAGGAGUACCUCCGGCAGCAGCACGCCCUCUGCAAGAACCCCGUCGUGGCCUGCCCCCCCUUCGAGCUCUUCGUGCCUCAUCGCUGUCCCGAGCCACAGUACCGGAACUCUGCACCCAUCAGCAUGCCGUCGCGGUUACAGCGGAGCCAGGUGUUCCCACCGGCCGGCGGAUUCGACGGUGCCAAGCUCCAUCGCAAGUUUAUCUACAGCCGGUUUCGUCCUGUGCGAACGUUCCGAGACCCGGAUGGAUCCAGCAAUUACUCGUGCUGUGCAUUUUCGGCCGAGUCGCAGUACCUUCUUCUGGGAACCCUCGUUGGGGAGCUUCAUGUCUACAACCUUUACAGUGGCGUGGAAGAAGCAACCUACUCGUGCCACGAGUCUGAACUCACCCACUGCCAACCUUCCAAGGAUGGAAAAUUCUUGCUCACGUCGUCUGCCUGGAGGAGGCCCCUGUCUUCCCUGUGGAGCUUUGUGGACGUCUUCGACAUGAAUGACUCCCGCCGCAGGCUUUCGUUUGACGAGGACUACUACGUGGAGUUCAGCAAGCAGUCCCUGGACCGGGUGCUGGGCACCAAGUACGAGACAGCCCACGUUUACGACACGGCCACGGGGGCCCUGCUGUCCACCCUGCGGGACGCCGACCUGUCCAACCACUACACCCGCAACCGGGCCACCUUCGACCCCACCGACGACCUGGUGCUCUCGGAUGGGGUGCUCUGGGACGUACGGACGGCCGCCCCACUCCACAAGUUCGACAAGUUCAACCCUCACGUCAAUGGGGUCUUCCACCCGAAUGGCCUCGAGGUGAUCUCCAACUCUGAGGUGUGGGACCUGCGGACGUUCCGGCUGCUCCACACGGUGCCCACCCUGGACCAGUGCCAGGUGACCUUCAACGGGGCCGGGGACGUCCUGUACGGGGCCGUGCUCACCGAGGACGACGAGGACUCGGCGCGUCUCUUCAGCUCCUCCUUCCGCACCUUCCAUGCCUCCGACUACUCCUCUAUAGCCACCAUCGACAUCAAGCGGAACAUCUUCGACCUCAAGGCGGACGACUCCGACUACUUCCUUGCCGUCGUAGAGACUCAGGGAGCCCGGGACGCGACGGUGACCAGCAACUCCGAAAGCGUCUGCCGUCUGUACGAGGUCGGUCGACACAGGGAAGAGGACGACGACGAGGAUGCUGACGACGAAGAGUCCGACAACAUUGGCGAAGAAGAGAGCGAUGACGACGACGACGACGAUGACAUGGAAAGCGACCACGGCAACGAAGACGACAACGACGAAGACGAAUUCAGCAUCUCCGACGUGAGCGAAGGCGACGACGACUCCGACUCCGACGAAGACCAGGUACUCUUUGCGCUCAACGACUUCUGAGACGGUCGAAGUUUCUGGUGAUGCAGUCGUCAGUAUUUAUGUGUAAAGUGCGUGCAACGACAGCAAGAGCAAGACUGUGCCGCGCAAGGCGCUCGCCGCGAGUGUAAGAUAGUGCGCCACGUCACCUAGGUGCCGCUGCCACGUCGAGGGGCGGUGCAACUCUUGCAGAGGGCACGCAGUGACGGAACUUCGGGAGGAAGCAGAGCCCUUCGUCGUGGUUUUACUUUGUUUUAUUAAAAUUUUUACCAUUGUUUUUUUUUCUUGGCAGUUGGCGAGGUGAGGAGUUGGCGACGCGUCGUCAUGAGGAGCGUCGAAUAAAGAGGAACUGCAUUUUUGGUGGCGAAGGAUUUGGCGGCCGAACGGUGCAUGAAGAGGUGUCGAAACUUGACGAGCUUUUCGCGGGCGAAGUUUGCGAUUAGUGUUAGCGCUUUUGGGUUUUUGUACGAGGUCCCCGCUGGGGACCGAGCGUUGCUUUCUUCCGUCUCUCGAAAGCUUGUACAUGCACGGCUGUAUUGAGAGAACGACAAAUACAGCGACUCCUUUUGAGAACGA